AACCGAUUACGAAUUUCUCAUAUUACAACAAGUACUAAGUAGUCACUUAUGUAACUUACAGAUGGAUCCCUGGAUUAAAGAAAUAAUUAUAAUGUUAAUAUUAAUCAUAAAAACUCAACGGACUUAUGGAAUAAUAGGAUACGAUUGCGGUUCUGCAUCGGCCAACUUAACCACACUAUCACUAAUAAAUGUCGAAGAAUGCGACAUCCCCUUGCCGAGUGUAAACUCUAGCAGAGUUUACAUACAAUUACUCCAGCUUAAUGAUUUCAAAUCCGUAAAGGUAAUACAAUGCAAGGUUGAAAUAGAUCGUUUAAUUAGGAAAUGCGGAAUGUGGUCUCACACUAUGGAUGUUUAUAACGGCAAAUAUUCAUACAUAAGCGAGACAUCUCGAGAAGCGUGCCAGAAUAUGUACACUUACGGAAGCUUCGAAAUAGCAGGAACUAUAAUUGCCGGAUUAAAACCAAAUCAAACUACAAGUCGCCCAGUAGUUCUAGCUGGUCACGUUGACAACGACGGAUCGUGUUCCGGAGGUGCCUAUUCAGAUCCUUACGGAAGUUGGGGAAACGUCGUAGUAUUAGGCAACAUAAAAAUCACAAUACAAGAUUACGUCGCUGACGUCCGUUUACAUAAUAACCGAGUGCAACUUAGAUCAGGUGUAGCCUGCGAACUUAGCGCUACAAAAUGCACUGACAUUGAAGGUGGAAAUACCUGCGAUCGAUACUCAACAGCUGACCCGUAGCCCCCUGCGGGUAAAGAUCCUCAGGGUGGAGUCUCCCACUUUCUUCUGGGUGAAAAUCCAGAAUGAAAA